GCUCUGUUUGCGCAUGCGUGUUUAAACUACGGUUGGGCGUAAAUAGUUGUGUAUUUGGCAAUGCUUACAAAAACGUGGAACAGAUACCGCGAUAGAAAGUAACGACGAUAUCGAGUAAUCCCGAAUCACACAACGAUGCCCCGCCUCCCGGUGCUGCUCUGACGGGGAGGCAGAGCACCAUCCAGCCUUCAGUCAGUCUGACAGCAAGCAUAGAGGACAUAACACCUCCAGAGGAUAGACCAUCGAAAGGAAAGCUCCAUAUUUCUCGCCAAAACGUAGCACAGAAACUGGACAGAUGUUUUUUUGUCUGUCUGGUCGCUAACCAUGGUGGAACCGGUGGGGUUUAUCGACGCUUGGAGAACCCAGUUCCCCGAAUCGGAUCCACCGUGCAUGGAGCUCAACUCUUUAGGAGCGAUCGAACAGGAGCUGGUCAAAUGCAAGACGUCCAUCAGACACCUGGAGAAGGAGGUAAACAAAGAGCGCUUUCGGAUGAUCUACCUGCAGACUCUCCUCGCCAAAGAGAAGAAGUCUUACGACGGGCAACGGUGGGGUUUUAAAAGGCCGGCGCAGACGAGCGACGGGGACGUUUGCGGCGGUCCGGAUGGUCACAAAAAGGAAGCGGAGCAGACGCAGACAGGACCCGGCAAGACCGCAAAAUGGACACCGCAUCCAGAGGGAGAGGCAGAGGGUGCCAAAUCGAAGGGUCGGGCGUCACCUUUUCGCCCGGAGUCGGACAUUGCUGAAUUCCCGGUCGGGCCGGGUUCUGUUGCAGCUCUGCGAUCCAACUUUGAGCGCAUCAGGAGAGCCAAUUCUCACGCGGCCGGAGAUGGCCGAGGGUUGUCGGUGACGGGAGAGCCGGAAAAACCCUUCUACGUUAACAUGGAGUACCAUUACGAGCGGGGACUGGUCAAAGUGAACGACAGGGAGGUCUCGGACAAGAUCAGCACACUCGGUUGCCAGGCCAUGCAGAUGGAGCGUAAGAGGUCUCUUCAUUCCAUACCAGGGAACCUUUCGGCCACUACAGGGGACAUAAGCAAGUGUUUCCAACGGGGCAGGUCCACGGAGGGGAACUACAGCUAUAAUGGGAUAUAUGAUGAACCCGAGGAACACUUCCUGAAAGACUGUGCUGUCCGUUCUACCGGAGGAACGUCUGAGCCACAGGCAGCUGAGUGCCCGCCGUAUGCUAGUGUGUAUGUCGGGGGUAUGAUGCCUGCUGAGCGGGAGACAAGAGUAAUCCACAUUAAAGACCACAGCAUAGAGGAAGACACACACCUUACAUGGCCAAGGCACUCCUGCUCCCCUGGCAGCUUUGACGAUGUUGGAGAAGGAUACACUCCAGACUGUAGCUCCAACGAGAACCUGACAUCCAGCGAAGAGGACUUCUCCUCAGGCCAGUCCAGCCAUGUCUCUCCCAGUCCCACUGCCUAUCCGAUGUUCAGGGAGAAAAGUCGCUCACCGUCCCAGCAGUCGUGCGACAGCAGCAGUCCACCCACACCUCUCUCCUUAAAGCGUCUGAGGCAGCAGGUGGGUCUGACUGACGCGGCCAUCAGAGUACAUAAGACGGGCCAACCCUGGCCCAGUGAUGGGGACUCCACCGUGUCCAGCAGAACCUCCCACGACAACAGUAUUCAAGGAGAUCUGGAUAACGAAGCUCCUCCAUCGUACAAUUAUGACUUGGAACACUCAGAAGACCACCAGUCUGGUCACGAUGCCCUGUCCCUCACCGGGUCUCCUUCCUCCCCGCCACAGCUCCGCUCUAAGAGUCGAUGCAGCCGAGACACCCGGUCGUCUUGUUCCCUUGAGUCCACACUGUCGGUGGAGCUGGAUCAGGAAAAAGAUAUGGAGAUGAGGAAGUGGGUUCUGUCGGGAAUCCUGGCCAGUGAGGAGACCUACCUCAACCACCUAGAAGCACUUUUGAUUCCCAUGAAGCCUCUCAGGGCGGCAGCCACAACGUCCCAACCGAUGCUGACCAAUCAACAGAUAGAGACUAUUUUCUUCAAAGUCCCAGAGCUCCAUGAGAUCCAUAAAGACUUCUAUGACGCUCUGCUUCCUCGUGUCCAAGACUGGAGUUACCAGCAGUGUGUGGGAGACCUCUUCCAGAGACUGGCCAGCCAGCUCGGAGUGUACCGGGCCUUUGUGGAUAACUAUGAGGUUGCUGUGGAGACGGCAGACAAGUGCUGCCAGGCAAACACACAUUUUGCCCAGAUAUCUGAGAAUCUCAAAGUCAAAUGCACAAAGGACUGCAAAGAUCAAUCAGAGAAGAAAUCCCUGGAGACUCUUCUUUACAAGCCUGUGGACCGAGUGACCCGCAGCACACUAGUUUUGCAUGAUUUACUGAAGCAUACUCCCUCCAGCCACCCUGACUAUCCACUGUUACAGGAUGCUCUGCGCAUCUCACAGAACUUCUUGUCCAGCGUUAAUGAAGAAAUCACCCCUCGCAGACAGUCCAUGACAGUAAAGAAGGGAGAGAAUCGUCAGCUUCUGAGAGAUCGCUUCAUGGUGGAGCUGGUUGAAGGUUCCAGGAAACUCCGUCAUGUCUUCCUCUUCACUGACCUGCUGCUCUGUACCAAGCUGAAGAAACAGGCUGUAGGCAAAGGACAACAGUAUGACUGCAAGUGGUACAUUCCGCUGGUUGACCUGACCUUCCAGACCAUCGAGGACUGCGAGUCGACCCCCAUCCCUCUGGUCCAGGAUGAGGAGAUUGAUGGCAUCAAGAUCAAAAUAUCCCAGAUCAAGAAUGAGAUUCAAAGAGAGAAGAGAACCACCAAAGGACCAAAAGUGGUGGAGCGACUGAGGAAGAAGUUAUCAGAGCAGGAGUCUCUGCUUCUUCUAAUGUCGCCCAACAUGGCCUUCAGAGUGGCUCACAGAAAUGGGAAGGGUUUCACAUUUCUCAUCUCCUCUGACUACGAACGGGCUGAAUGGAGGGAUAUCAUCCGUGAACAGCAAAAGAAAUGUUUCAAAAGCUUCUCACUCACAUCCCUGGAGCUGCAGAUGCUUACUAACUCAUGUGUGAAACUCCAGACUGUCCACACCGUUCCAGUGACCAUGAACAAAGAGGACGAUGAAUCUCCGGGGUUGUACGGAUUCCUGAAUGUAAUUGUCCACUCCGCAUGUGGACUCAAGCAGAGCUUAAAUCUUUACUGCUCUCUUGAGGUUGAUUCCUUUGGCUACUUUGUCAACAAAGCCAAAACCCGCGUGUACAGGGACUCUACAGAGCCCAGCUGGAACGAGGAGUUUGAAAUUGAGCUGGAAGGCUCUCAGACUCUGAGGUUGCUCUGCUACGAAAAGUCUUGCAGUAAAGCCAAACAGAGCAAAGAAGAUGGAGAGAUGACGGACAAGAUUGUGGUCAAAGGACAGAUAAAGUUGGAUCCUCAGAACUUGCAAAACAAAGACUGGCAGAGAACAGUUAUUGCUGUAAACGGGGUUGAGGUGAAGCUUUCAAUGAAGUUCACCAGCAGAGAGUUCAGUCUUAAGCGUAUGCCUUCACGGAAGCAGUCUGGCGUGUUUGGGGUGAAAAUCCACCUUGUCACAAAACGGGAGCGCUCCAAGGUUCCACUCAUUGUGAGGCAGUGUGUUGAGGAGAUUGAGCGACGAGGGAUGGAAGAAGUGGGCAUCUACCGAGUGUCUGGUGUGGCAACAGAUAUCCAAGCUCUGAAGGCUGCCUUCGAUUCCAACAACAAGGACGUGUCUGUGAUGAUGAGGGACAUGGACGUAAACGCCAUCGCCGGCACGCUGAAGUUGUAUUUCCGCGAGCUGCCGGAGCCUCUUUUCACUGAUGAGAUGUACCCCAACUUUUCUGGAGGCGUCGCUCUGUCUGACACGGUGGCCAAGGAGAGCUGCAUGCUCAACCUGCUGCUGUCUCUACCAGAGCCCAAUCUGGUCACCUUCCUUUUCCUGCUGGACCACCUGAAAAGAGUGUCUGAAAUGGAGUGCGUCAACAAGAUGUCCCUGCACAACCUGGCCACGGUGUUUGGUCCCACUCUGCUGCGGCCUUCAGAGAAAGACAGCAAAGUCAGCAUGAACGUCUCCCAGCCCAUCUCCAUGAACGACAGCUGGUCCCUGGAGGUCAUGACUCAGGUGCAGGUUCUCCUCUAUUUUCUGCAGCUGGAGAACAUCCCGACACCUGACAGCAAACGACAGAGCCUCCUCUUCUCCACUGAAGUAUAGCGGGCGUGCGAGAAAGACUUUUCUUGAAUGAGGUGCAGAGUUCUGCCACCAGGCGGCGCCAUCACCCCCGUGAGUCAUUAACAAAGCUACUUUCUGAGCUGUGAGAGUUGACCUGCAGCAAAUGUCUUCAUGUAUAUGACGUGGUCCUUAUUCUCCGCCCGUCAUGGUGCACAUUAGGUCCAUAUGCACAAGAGUCUAUUGGUAACAUUUGUGUAAGGAUUUACCACCAUGGAUGGAAGAGAAAUGACACCAGAAAUGUUACAUAAAGUACAAACCCCGUUUCCAUAUGAGUUGGGAAAUUGUGUUGGAUGUAAAU